GUUUUGUGAUUUGAAGGAACGUUUCUGCGCAUGCGCGUUGCGAAUUGUAGCGACUUCCUGCCAAAUAGUUGUCCCUAACAACACACAGCACCUCACCGAGGGAAUUUCAGUUCAAGGAAACAUAAAGUUUCCUCGGAAGUAGCACUUGGUGACAUGGGCCUUGGCCAAAGCAGAAGCAGCAGAGACUGACGGCGCAGAUUUACCCACAGCCAUGGACGAGUCGCAGGAGGUGCCCGAGCUACCUACAAAGAAAGCUCGGCAUGAUCCAGAAGUGAAUCAGGAGGGUAAUUCACGAAGUGUGGCUGCUAAUGAUCGCAGUGACUCUCCUAACCGGAACGAAUCGACAGCUCGGUCAGAGGUCAAUUCAUAUCCACCGUCAUCUGUUGCUCACUUGCACAUGAUUCCUGGAGGUCCAGGCCGGUCAAAUCAAGAGACGAUAUCAAGAUCCCAGGGCUGUGUCUCAGAAAAUGCUUAUGAUCACAAUGCAGUGACAUGCAAAGACCUCACCACAACCACAGCCACUGAAUAUACCUCACAGAUCUACCAAGGAAGCAACACUGCUGUCACUGCAUAUGCCAGUCAAGUGGCUUUCCCCUCCCUGGGCCAGUCGACCGCAUACAGCGGCUUCCCUCAGUCCGGCCAGACGUACGGACUGCCACCAUUUGGCACCAUGUGGCCGGGCUUAAAGACAGAGUCGCAGCUGCCCGAGGUGCCCUCUGUUGGUCAGAUGGGGUUUCUCAGCUUCAGCUCAGCCUAUACCUCAACCCAACCCAACCAGAUCCACUACUCCUACCCCAGCCAAGGUUCCUGCUUCACUACAUCCAGUGUAUACACUAACAUCCCUCCAGCAGCUGCUGUGACCACAACUACCGGCACACAUCAGGAGUUUUCCAGCUACAACUCUCUUGGUCAAAGUCAGUUCUCGCAGUACUACACUCCUCCUCCCAGUUACCUGUCCGCUGGGUUGCCCAGCAGUGAUAGAGAUGGAACAGGUGUGGUGGCACCUGAAUAUCCAGCCAUUAAAACUGAAGGCAGUGCCUCAGCAAACCUGCCCGACACAACGGAUGCAUCCCCGGGUGUGACGAUCCCAACAGGUGUGGCUCUGCCUGCUGGGAUGGCCCUCCCCACAGGAGCACGGGACCAAGACGAGACCAACCCCAGAAACCCUCCAGGCAAAGCUAAAGGCAAAGCUAAGAAAUCUGAUGGUUCCCAAUCCACAGACAAUGACCUCGAGCGCGUCUUCUUGUGGGAUCUGGAUGAAACCAUCAUCAUUUUCCACUCUCUUCUUACCGGCUCAUUUGCACAGAAGUUUGGCAAGGAUCCAGCGACAGUUCUCAAUCUGGGUCUUCAGAUGGAGGAGCUGAUCUUUGAGCUCGCAGACACUCAUCUCUUCUUCAACGAUCUGGAGGAAUGUGAUCAGGUCCAUGUUGAUGAUGUUGCCUCAGAUGACAAUGGGCAGGACUUGAGCAACUACAGCUUCUCCAGCGAUGGCUUCAGCGGGCCCAGUGCAGGCAGUGGUCCAGGGUCCACCACAGCGGUACAGGGAGGAGUGGAGUGGAUGCGUAAGCUGGCCUUCAGAUAUCGCCGGCUCAAAGAGAUCUACAAUGGAUUCAAAGGGAAUGUGGGAGGUCUGCUGAGCCCAAUGAAGAGAGACCUACUGCUCAGGCUGCGCUCUGAGAUCGAGACUGUUACAGAUGCCUGGCUGAGCACUGCCCUCAAAUCUCUCUUGCUCAUUCAGUCGAGGGGUAGAUGUAUGAAUGUUCUGGUCACCACCACUCAGCUGGUUCCUGCUUUAGCUAAAGUGCUUCUCUAUGGCCUGGGUGACGCCUUUCCCAUUGAGAACAUCUACAGUGCCACUAAAAUAGGAAAAGAGAGCUGCUUUGAGCGCAUCAUCUCUCGCUUUGGGAAGAAAGUGACCUAUGUUGUUAUAGGGGACGGUCGUGAUGAAGAGUUUGCAGCAAAGCAGCACAACAUGCCCUUUUGGCGAAUCUCUUCUCACGGAGACCUGAUUUCCCUUCACCAAGCUCUGGAACUGGACUUCUUAUAGAUGGAGCUGGAGGUAAGACAUGGAUCUCUCCAGCUGCACCCAUCAGUAAUCCCAUCCACCCCUCACCUGAUCCGGCCCAGCCGUGGAGCAGCUGACGUAGACUCUGGGACGUUAGCGGUCACAGACAAGAACUCAAGACGGUCUGUGACACGACCUUCCCUCAAUGGCAGCUAUCCUCCCCUUAGGUUGAAUCUUGCACUGGGACGCCACACAACCAUACACAAGGAAAAGAGGAAAUAACUGUCUCACUGCAUCUUUCUCUUGGAACAAGGAUGUACUUUACCAUCUUCAACAUAACUGGAUUCACCAAAGGAACAACCCAUGACCAAAGGUCUGCACUGGCACAGAAACUUAGGAUUAAACUUCGUUUAAGUCUUUUUCGGCAUUCUUUUUAAAGGGCUUAAAAGUAAGUUGGAGUCAUUUUGAUUUUUGCACUCAUUCCAAAGGUCAGGUUCUCAUGAGAUGGCAGGUUACAUGCUUUAGAAGCCUCCAAGAAAUGAUGCAAUUGUUUCAGUUCUUAAAACGAAUCGCAGAUGUGUACAGAUGGUACCAAUAAGGUUUAGCAUAGAUCCCACUUCAUUUUUACCACAUCUAUGGAUUUUCCUAAAUGUUCCUCAGUUCCUGGGAUGUACUUUCGUUUACUCUUCAUUCACACUUCAUCAUUUCAGCUUUGAAUUGGGCAAUAUGAUGAAUUACAGAGUGCCUACUGGAAACCAUUUGUUUUUGUACAGUUUGCAUCUCUUUUUCUUUGAAAGAAUAAAUCGCCCAAACAUGAGAAUUCAAAUUAUUUGUUACUUUUGUUUCAAUGUCCACGCUGCUCUGUUGCAUACAAUUAAAAUUUGAAUGGAAAAGGGGACUUCAAACUCCAAGAAUCACCAUAAUUCAAAUACAUCUAGUGUGUUAUCUGAUGGAAGUCAUAAUGAGUACAGACCUAAAUUGAAAUGAUUUGCAAGCAGUCUUCCCCUUUGUUUAGCUCUAAAGUCUAAGUCAGUUAUUAGUGAUUUGAUAAUUUCAGAAAACUUGGAUCUCGGCAACCUCUCUCUACUCACACUUUACUGUAUGGAAAAGAGCAUUUUGGUGUUAAGAAAGUUGAGUUUUAUGGGUUUGAAUCAACAAAACGACUUUUUUUUUUUUUUUAAGCCAUUUCUUUAAAAAUCCAUUAUCAAUGUGAUGUUUUGAGGGGAACAUAGGCUCCUGGAUUGAUACUGUCCCAUGUUUAAUGUCUAUAAUGCAAUUAUGAGCCACAUGAACUAACUGAAUUCUCAUCCCCUGAGGAAAGUCACAUGGCUGAGUGGGAUUUUGUAAAAUUACCUCUUGCAUAUAGCCCAAAUUCCCCAUGGAUUUGAAGCUGCAGUGCCCCAGCCUGUGACCGCUUUCUUUCAUUUGGACAUGUUUGGGAGAAAAACUGUGUGAUAGUGUGCAAUACAUUUCUGGUCAGAGAUAAUUGAUUUUCAAUUUUGGUUGAAGGUGGUUUUACGAGCCGGUUUGGGUGUAAGAUUCCUAACCGCUGCGAGAUUUUGACUGAACAUUACUGAGCCUGAAGAAAAAGCAUUUUUACUCAAGCAGCUUUGACAAUUAAGAAUGUGUAAUCUUCGUUUGUUUGCAUAGAUGUGUGUGUGUCUGUGUUUUUUUCCCCCUGUAUAUAUUUAUAUUGUGCCUUUUAACUAUAAUCAGCAUUCAGUAAGUUUGUAUUAUCUUAAAAGGGAAUUACUGAAAUAUGACAAACAUAUGUUUGUAUUGUUUGUUUUUCUGGUGAAGUGUUACCUUUGACAAAUAGACCUAUGCUGUUAUCUGUUGUUUUCUUUUAGUUUGGUACUUUUGAUGUGCUCUGACUUCUUUUCUGUAGAAAUCAUUUUCUCCAUAGCUCAGCCAAUCAGAUGCUGUUGUUCUUUAACUUGAAUCAUAAAAAAACUGCUCUUCUGGUGCUUCUUUCCCCCAUGUCCUACUUUGUUUCCUGCAUUUUUCAGGAAAACAAAAAAAGAUUUAGUCCCUGUAUACUGUCUAUUAUCUACACUAACUGAAGAUACGUGACACUAUCAUUGUGAGAUCUUGGGAUUUGUUAAUAAUGCAGACAAUCAAGGGAUGUAAUGGCUCUUCUAGCCAGAGAAUAAAUGCUCGAUCUAGCUCUGAGCUUGAGCUUUUAGAUCAGUUGGAGAACUUCUGGCUUAUUGAAACCGGCUGAAGAAGCAAAUCUCUGUACCUACACUGUUUAUGGUUUUGUGUAAGUGACGUUCAUUAAAUACUUUGAGGCUGGCCUACCUGCUUGGCUUGUU